AUGGAAACACGACCGUCAAAUUACUACUUGAUUAUGAUCGGAGGAACUCUAUCAAACCAUUUCGUGUUGUCAUCUGCUAGUGGUUCUCGUCUACAAUAUAUUGCAGUCGAUGAUUUGAAUAACGAUGCUGAUUUGGAUAUGAUCGUCGCGAAUUACAAUACUGGAGACGUUGAUAUUUUGUUUAGUAAUUCCGAUGGUACUUUUCAAGAUCAGAUUAAAUAUAAAGUAAGCUCCAAUACUAAUCCGUAUUCAUUGGCACUUUGUGAUGUACGUACAAGACGUGACACACUUCAAGAUUUUAAUAAUGAUGGGCAAAUAGAUGUUGCGGCCGCCAAUCGAGGUGGUAAUAAUAUUGCUAUGAUGCUUGGAAAUGAUAACGGGACUUUUAGAGAGCAAAUCAUCUUCGGUGAUAAUUUCAGUCUUUCUCCAUUGUUGGUUGUGGCUGGUGAUUUUGAUGAUAACGGACGGUCGGAAAUUGCUCUCAUAUAUGAUCAAACCGAUAGCAUCGAUUUAUUUUUCUCAUAUGAUACAGGAAAUUUUACUGAAAAAUAUACAUAUGAUGCCGAUGCUCUCCCAGUAAAUGUAGCUACUGGUGAUUUUAACAACGAUACUUAUUUAGACGCAGUUGUUGUUAAUCAUUGGGCUGGUACUUUCAGUAUUUAUCUGGAACGAGCUGAUGGUUCCUUUACCAAUCAAACUGAAUAUGACGCUCAUUUCUAUUCGGAUUCUGUAGCUGUUUGUGAUCUAGAUAACGAUAAAGCAUUAGAUAUCGUUAUUACAAAUAAUUUAGACGAUACUACUAAUAUCUUUUGA